AAGAGGGGAUCCGAGACACGUCGACUGGGGUUGCCUGGGCUGUAGCAAUAACUUAUCGUGCGAGUCAGAGAGGGUGAUUGGGCGGAAAAGUGUCAGGAAGGUGGAAGAUCUUUGGCUUUGUGUUCCCCGCUGGGGUUUUGGCCAGGUACUAGUACCGCUCCUUGUGGUAAACACCGCUUCAACGAUUUGCUGAGGGCUCUGGAUAAGCUUUCUAAUUUCCACGUUUUCUUCCUUUCUGGUAGCGAGACGGUCCGUAUAAGAAGCCUGGACCCAUAUCCAACUUAGCCACUGCGACCUCUAUCACCGACCCCUCUCUACGAAAACAUCACGAUGAACAGCCUUCUCACCUCCCUCCUCGUUCUUCUCUCCUUUGCGCGCUCAUUCGCGCACGCAGGCGUCUUGCAAGGGGACUUCACCGGCAUCGGCCACAUCUACGUUCUCAAAUCGUCCGACUGGCGGACCGCGUCUCCCAAGUCGAAAGUCGGCUGCCUUGAUAACCAUGGCAAGUUUGUCAAGGACGAUAAGAAAGACGACUGCGGCGUCUUCUCCCGCUUGAACGAGUUUCCUUACACGCUCUCCAGCAAGGUGGGCAACUGCACGUUCGACGAUGAGACGCAAGAGAAGAACAGCGAUAGUCAUUACGGCCAGAUGGACUAUGCGUGGAACUGUAACAAGGGGCACAAAUCGGAUAUCUAUGACGAACUAUAUACAAUCGACGGCUUUCCAUACGCCUUUCUCUGCUUCGGCGAUGUAGCUUGCUUCUACGACGCCAAACGCACCCCUUCCGUGGGCGACGCUCUUCCUCUCUGGCAGUUUCGCUGGGGUUCCGAGCAGCGCGGCAUCACGCCAGGACAUGUCCAGUUGCAGUUGCUGUGGCAGAAGAUUGGCGAUCUGCCAAAGCGGGAGGGCGAACACGCGGCGAUCCCAGGCCCGAGGGUGCGGCUUCAAGACGGGGCGCAGCUCCCACUGCGGGGCGGGCGGGCGAGAGCUUGAUGCGGGCAGCGCUGGGAAACGGAGUUGUUGACGGCUUUGAACUGUAAAUGUGCAUCAAUACCAAGAUUCAACACUCCGGAACCGUGUCUGCCUAUGAUUAACCGUUUAUCUCCAGCCAUCAACUAAGCUUUCUGGUGUUGUGCAUGCAACAAGAAAGACCCGACGCCUAUUGGUACAAUGCAGCUGUACCUUGCAGUUUCAAAGGUACACCACAUACUCGCCUUGCAUUUGGGAAUGGUACACUGAGGUGCAUAAUCACGUCACGCUACAUUCGUAUGCAUCGUAGUGCAAAGGAGAAAGGUCUAG